AUGAGCUGCAUGAAACGUGUUCAACGUGAAGUGCGAGAAUUGGCUUCAAGCAAAGAUGUAAGUUUUUUUUCAUUUUCAUUGUUCUGUAUUUAGAUUGGGGCAUGGAUAAUAUGGCUUCUUCUGUUAGGUUGUACAAGAUAAUUACUUGAAUUUUUAAGUUUUAUAGUGAGAAAAUAGUAUUGAGAAUGCUGUGGUAAAGUAGUGAACUUUUCUUUUUAAAAGGUGCGGUUUUUCAAGCGAUUUAUUGAACAACUAAUUAGACAAGAUAUUAUACUUUGAGAAAACUUGUUGUUUUUUAAGCUUUGAUAUUUAGCUAGAUUUAUAGGAAAUUACUUAGCAAUGUUACUGGGCAGAUAAAGUGACAAAAUUAGUUACAUUUAGUUUGAGGUAUCUAUUUUUGUAUGACGGUUACGGAUAAAGUCAGACCUGAUAUUGUACUUGACAAAUUAUUGUUCUUUUGGUAUUUCAAAGCUGUGUGUUUAUACAACAAGUGUUUUUAAAAGUGAUAUUAUAAUAUUGAGCUUUUAUUUGCGUAAAAUUUUGUUGUUUUAUACUGGUUUUUGGUAACAUUUAUGAUGUUUUAAACCACGAACAGUUCUAAUAGUGUUUGUUAAAUUGAUUUUUGAGAAAUUUAGUUUAACUUCCUUUUUUUCAGUUAGCUCAAGGCGGAGUGACAGUAGAAGUAGUAGAAGGCAAUUUGCUCCAUCUCAACGGUUACAUGCGAGGUCCGGCCGACUCUCCAUAUCAUGGCGCGUGUCUUCAAGUUGAUAUUCAAAUCCCCGAGAACUAUCCAUUCGCACCACCCAAAUGCAAGUUUGUCACUCGAGUUUGGCACCCCAACAUAAGUUCUCAGACCGGCGUGAUAUGUUUGGACGUGCUGAAGGAGAAUUGGGCAGCCACGUUGACAAUACGAACGGUGCUGUUGAGUAUUCAAGCUUUGCUCACCGUGCCCGAGCCAAAGGAUCCUCAAGAUGCGAUUGUCGCUGCUCAAUAUAUGAAGAAGCCGGAGUUGUUCGCGCGGACGGCCAGGUUUUGGGCUCAACACUUUGCCGACAGUCCAGGCUCUCAGGACAAGGAGUUUCAACAGAAAGUCAACAAACUCUGUGACAUGGGAAUUGAUAGGGUAAGUAGAUUUUUGGCAUAAUUGCCGUAGUAAGUUAUGAAAAUUAAAAUUUGGUAAGUAUGCUAUUUGUUGGAGAAUAUAAAGUAUAAUUUUAUAUUUUUUAAAAAUUUAAACUUUCAAAUUUGUGCGUUUUUUAAAUUUUCAAAAAUUUGCACAAACUUAUUGAGUUUGCAACUUUUGUAACGCUCUAUGCAAAAUAAUUGUAUAUUUAACAUAAAAAUGUAUUAAUAAUUAUUCAAAAAAUGUCAAAACUAACGGAGAUACAAAGAUUUUACAGAUUUUUUAGAUGUUUUUUUGUAAAAUUUUCUUGAGAUUUACAAGGGCGUUACAACGAAUAUUUCUCGGCUUUAGAUAAUUGACCUUUAUAGGAUGAACGAGUGAGACAUAGGUUUUGAGAGUGAAUUUUUAAUAAUUUAAAAUAUAAAAACCCUUACAUUACAAAAAAAAAGAAAAUGAAAACCCUUACAUUAUUCAAACUUUUGUAGGACUCGGUGAUUGCACAGUUGAGCUAUGUGGAUUGGGACCUGGACAAGGCCAUUACUAACAUGUUUUGA